AUGGCUUCGCUGAGUCCGCCAAACAGGGAUAUGCGUGAUAUCUUCACUACGUUCUUUAAUGCUGGUGGGUGGUCGACGAAGGGAUUGUCUGUCUGUGUUGGUUUACGGGGGUUUGCGGUCGUGUUCCUUGGCGCUGAUGGUGCCAUCCAUGUGGCCGAAGAAGUAGGAAACAGCACCCUAAACGUCCCCCGCUCACUAAUCGUCUCCAUCCCUCUCAACGGAUGCCUCGGAUUCGCAAUUCUGAUCGUCUUCCUGCUCUGCGCUGACGAUCUGCAGGCCGUUCUCGAGAGCGGGUCAGCGUUCCCAUUCAUCGAGAUUAUAGUCAAAACGCCUAGGCAGCACCGGCGCAGCGACGACACUUGCAACCCGGGUCACUAUCCUAAAUCUGUGCUCUUGUCUGGCUAUAUUGUCUGCUGGGGGCCGGAUGAUUUUGUCUUUUUCAAGAGACCAGGUUGUGCCGGGCUGGCGACAGCUUCUGAAGGUCAACCGGCGUACAUCGAUCCCGACUAA